CUCUCUCUCUCUCUCUUUCUCUCUCUCUCUCUCCCCGAUCCCCGUAUCCAAAUCGCGAUCGCGAUCUCCGGAGCUUGCGUUAAUGGAGUCGAAGUCGACGGGGCGCUUCACGCUGGGGAGGCAAUCGUCGCUCGCUCCCGACCGCGGCGGCGGCGGGGAGCUCGAGCCCGUGCGCUCCGAGGGCUCCAAUGGCGGCGGCGCCCUCGCGGAGAUCGGCGCAGAGAUCCGCCUCAUGUACCUCGCGAACGAGGGCGACAUGGAAGGGAUCCGCGAGCUCCUCGACUCCGGCGUCGACGUCAACUUCAGGGACAUCGACGGGCGCACCGCGCUCCACGUCGCCGCUUGCCAGGGCUUCGCGGACGUGGUCGAGCUGCUGCUCGAGAGGGGGGCGCAGAUCGAUCCCGAAGAUCGGUGGGGAAGCACGCCAUUAGGAGAUGCAAUACAUUACAAGAACCAUGAUGUGAUCAAGCUUUUGGAAAAGCGUGGUGCUAAACUUAAGAUAGCUCCAAUGCAUGUUGAUAAUGCCCGCGAAGUUCCAGAAUACGAGAUAGACCCAAAGGAACUUGAUUUUAGUAACAGCAUCCAUAUAACAAAGGGUACAUUUCGUAUAGCAACAUGGCGUGGAAUUCAAGUUGCUGUGAAGCAACUUGAUGAAGAUCUAAUUACAGAUGAAGAUAAAGUAAGGGCAUUUAGGGAUGAACUUGCCUUGCUUCAACUAAUACGGCAUCCAAAUGUUGUCCAAUUUCUGGGUGCUGUUACUCAAAGUAGUCCAAUGAUGAUUGUCACAGAGUAUUUGCCUAAGGGCGAUCUUCGUGCAUUCUUGAGACAGAAGGGUGCAUUAAAGCCAACAUUGGCGGUUAAAUUUGCCCUUGAUAUUUCAAGGGGAAUGAAUUACUUGCAUGAGCAUAAACCAGAAGCCAUCAUCCACCGUGACCUUGAACCUUCAAAUAUACUACGAGAUGAUUCUGGGCAUCUGAAAGUUGCAGACUUUGGUGUUAGCAAGAUGCUGAAGUGGAGGAAAAAAGUUAAAGAAUAUAGGCCAUUGGAAUGUCAAGACGCUGCCUGCAGGUAUAUGGCUCCCGAGGUAUUCCUUAAUGAAGAGUACGAUACAAAAGUGGAUGUCUUUUCUUUCGCUUUGAUUCUACAAGAGAUCAUUGAAGGGUGCUCUCCGUUUGCCAAUAAAAAGGAUACUGAAGUGCCAAAAGCAUAUGCAGCUAAAGAAAGGCCGGCUUUUAGAGCUCCUAUGAAGCAUUAUUCGCAUGGAUUAAAAGAGUUAAUCGAGCAAUGUUGGAGCGAGAAUCCUUCCGACAGACCUCCUUUUAGAACAAUAAUCAAUCUUUUGACUAUAAUUCAAAGUGAAAUUGCUCACAAGAAGCGGUGGAAGGUGAGACCCUUAAAAUGCUUCCACAACCUAGAAGCCAUGUGGAAGAAAGAUCGUUCUAACAGUAACAGCCGAUCUUCACGUUCAUCCAAUUCGAAUUUGUGAAGUUUCCAAUGAUCUGCUUUUUCUGAAGAGUAAAUUCAAAUAGAGUGAAUGAGGAGCGACUUCAGCAUCAAAUAUGUUGCAUAAUCUAUUCUUAAACCUUGGCGUUCGAUGCUUGUUGGUAGGCUUAUGCAGGGCCCUACGACUGUUGGUAGAACAAAAAUCCUGCAAAAAUCUGUCAUUCUAUACUUAUUCGACCAUGUAUACAAUAUGUACCAUGUGAUAUCUUUUCCAAAUUAGGAAAUAAAUAUUGAUUGUGUUAUCGUGUGUACGAAA